AUGAUAUCAGAAGACGAAGUUACUUCAAUGGACGAUUUAAUAAACUGUGAAGACAUCUCUGAUUCCAUCCAUAAUGCCACACAACCUGAAGAAAUUGAUUUAAAACGCAAGAGCCCAAAAGAACUCAAACUGAUCAAAAUGGUAAAGUUGUUGAAAUCCAACUUCGAAAAAGGAAACCAGUAUGUCAAGGAACAAAUUGUCCACUCAAUUGAAGCCCACAUCAACUCUGAGAUAACAUCCAAUGGAAAAGAACUAACAAGAGGUCAGAGGGAUGCCGAACUGGGUGAAUUUAUUGUAUUAUAUCUUUCUUUUAUAAGGGCAGGAAGUGGGCUGUCUCAAACGCAAAUAGAAGAUGUGGUGGGUUUCCUCAAUUUCUUUAUUGAUGCUACAAAAAUAAAUAUAAAACCAUUCAAACUUUCUCUAAGUGCGUCCACUAUUAAAAGGCGAAUUUCGUUGAUCGCAGAUGUAAAGAAAGACGAAACUAAAGAGUUUCUCCAAAAAGCAAAGUAUGUGGGUCUUAUGGCUGAUGGCGCAAAAUACGGCUCCAGUGAGCACUUCAGUCUGUUUUCAAGGUCAGUAAGUGAAAACAACGAGGUGAAUGAGUCUAAACUGAAAAUUGAAAAAGUUAUAGGGAAGCCAUCAUCCGAAAAUUGGUUAAAGUGGAUAGUUUCUGUUGGCGAGGAAUUUGAAUUUGACUUCAAAAAAUGCUCUUCUGUCACGUUUGACGGGGCAAGCACAAUGAUCAGUGAAGAAGGAGGACUUUCUGGUAAAAUAACAAAUUGGCUCAGUACAAAAGGCUUUCUGGUAGAUCUAUUUCAAUCCAAUUACUGUUUUAGCCAUAGGCUAAGUAAAGCUGUCGAGAAAAUAAACGAAAUUGUAGAGGUUGCAAUAAUCAAGAAAUAUCUGUACAAAUUAACAACCGACAACGUUAGAACACUCUGGGAGCGGUUUUGUUCACAAAA